AUGCGAUUACAGUCCGCCCUAAUCGCCGCCUCUUUGGCAGCAUCAACUCACGCUGCCAACGACAUAAUUCUCAACCAGUACCAAUACUGCAUUCGCUUUUUCGGCUCGCUCUCCGUGGACCUCGAGAUCGCCGAUGGGGUGGCCGAGCGCAACUACAAUGACACCAUCAUGUGCCCUAGGUCUAUGAGCUUUCCGACUGUCUCCGGCGCGAGCUUAGAUAUCUGCCCGCCCACCGACUCCCUUGGCAGCCCAGACAAUCCCAGCACGCUGUCCGCCGAACUGCGAUUCUCGCAUACGUCAGGAGAACUGACAGACCCUGUUGAUGAUCUGCGCCUCCAACCACAGCUCGUCACGAAUGGCUCGGUUCGCGGACCUUUCCAGAACGGUGGGACGCCAGCUAUCAUCGCGUUCGAUGAGGCGCGCACUGCCAAAGACGGACCGGAUACGUGGACGAUCAAUGGCACACAGAACGCCCUGAUCGAGGAGCCAGACAUUGAAGAUCGCACGCAAAACAUCUACUUCGGUUGCAGAUAUCCCAAUAGUCGGUACUACUGCGGCACCUACGAGGACCUCCACUCGGACAAUGGCGGUUGCUGGAACAGCCAAACAUUCCUCUUCAACAUGAAGAAUGCACUCAACUUCACCUACCGCUUCAGCAACAAUGAAGCGAGCGUCGAGAUUUGGGCGUCCAGUGAAUAUUUUCUCCCGAGAAGAGAGGCUGGUACGAUUGACGGAGCGGCGACGGGGACGAACACGACAGCGUAUGUUGUGUUUGGAGGGACGAGGAGAGUGCCGACUGUGACCGACUAUGAUUUCUGGAAAAAUACGGAGUUGACGUAUGAACAGGAGGUUGAGGACAAUGUGCGUCGGGAGAGGAUGAGUUUUGUGAGGGGUGUGGACGGGCUGCCGGUGCUGGUCAAUGAGACCGACAGUGGGGAGGAGUAUGCCAGUGGCAACGGGAGCUAUAGCGUUCAGGAGGGCGGUGCUAGUGGGUAUGAGGCCCUGUCGACGACGAGUGCUUCGGUCCUAGUAAUUGGUGGGCUGAUUGCUGUGGCAGCAGCGCUGCUAUGA